AUGAAAUUACUAUCGACUAUAUUGUUCUCUAAUGGACGAACACAUUUAAAUACUUCAUUUGGUCAAUCAACAUCUAACGUUAGUUCAACAUCUUCUUUUCCUCAAACCUUACUCAGUAGUUCUUGUUUGAGUCAUCCUUUACUAUAUCGUCUUCCAGUGAAAAAACUUAAACCUGAACCAUGGCACCGACUUUUUCAUGCUAAAAAACGACAAGAAUUAAUAAUAAAACAAAAUAAAUCAAAUGUUGAUUCAAUUAUAAAUAAAGAUUUGAUUAAUUCAUUUGAUGAACGUUCUAAUUUCGAUGAAAACUCUCAAUGUUCGUCUAUUCCGGGAUCAAUACAAAUACACUUUAAUCAUAUAUAUGAACAAAUGAAUGAAAUAACAUUACAACUAGCCGAAGAACGUUUUAAACACAAACAAACACAAAUUAAAACUGAAGAAAUACUUGCCAAUCAAUUACAAGAUCAAGAGAAACGAUUUAAUGAAUUACAACAACAACAAUUACUUGAUCAUCAAAAACAAUUGAAAGAACAAGAAAAAAAAUUUUUAGAUUUAUUAAAUGAAGAACAAAUGGAAAAUCUUAAACGUGAAGGAGAAUUAAGAACUGAACUUGAAUUUGUAAAACAAUCAUUUCAUGCAUAUAAAGUUACUCUUGAAAAAGAGAAUGAUGAAAAACUUCAAAUUAGACUAAGUGAAGUAUUAAGAACAAUGAAAAAAGAAGUACCGAAAAAAGAAGAAGAAAUUAAUCGAAGAAUUCAUGAAGCUAUUAUGAACGAACGAAAAAAUAUUAUUUUAAGACAACAAAAAGAAACUGAAAAAAUACGAAAACAACAUCAAAAAGAAGUUACAACUCUUCAAAAAACUAUUGCUGAUACAAAUGUGGAUCGUGAACAUCUAGAAUCUUUAAAAAAAGACUUAACAUCGACGAAACUUGAAUUUAUUGAAACAAAAGAACAUGCAAUUAAUUUAGCUACACAAUUAAACGAUCUUAAAAUUCAACAUAAUGAAACUAUUCGAGAAUUCAAUGAAUAUUGUUUUCAUUCUAAUGAAAAAAUAAAACAAACUUAA